CGUCUCGUUACAUUCACCGGAUACUUACACCAAAUGUGAUAUUAGCAUCAAUAUACAUCAACAAGCCUCCUUAUCGUAUUAGGCGCAGGAAGGAAUUCUAUGACGUCACAGCGCGUGGAGUCAGGACCGUUCAAGGGAACGGUUAACUGCUCGACAGCAACUUUGUGGCAUAUUGGAGGAGAUUUGGAGGCAGCUGGACUAAAUGGCCUGUGGAACGGAUUUCCGUGUAGACGUCAACGCUUGUCUGCUUGACUGGCAGCAACCCAUUGACUGUCUCCCUCAGCUGACUCAGACUGGUCCCAUCAAGGCCCCCUUGACGAAGGCGGAAGGGAGACCCCAACAUGCAGAGAAGGUUACAAGCAAGAAAGUAUUUCCCAAACCGAAAAUAAGUAAGAAGAAAACUGGGAAUGAAUAUUCAGAUCUGCGGCCCCUGAUUAACGAGGAUACUGAUGAACUGCAAGACAGUGAUGCUCAUCUCGUGGACUGCAGCACGGGGGAUGAUGGUGCCACGAGGCACAUAGCACAAGACAGUGCUCUUACAGCUGGGUUGGACAGAACGUGCGAGGGUGAUUCUCGAGGAACAACGCAGUGCGAGGAGGAUCAUGCGGUUGGGAAAGCGUGUCUAACACGGAAGCUGUAUAAAAAGGAAACUGAAAUUGACUAUUCAGAUGUCAAGCCGUUAAUCGACGAAGACACUGAGCGACUACCCGGCCAACAACUAGUGGACUUCAGCGUCAGUGACGAUGAUACCACGAGUCUCUUAGCCCACAGUAACUCGCUGACAGUCUACUACAACAUGAUAAUGGCGUCAACAAGGAAAGUGGCAACCUAUAGCAGGGAUGAGGAUCGGUAUAUCACAGCAACUGAAGCACAUGCACAGGAGGUACCACGUGAUACCAUUUCGCUUCGGUUGGACAAGGCGCAGACUGACAUUGAACAGUCGAUGGACCAAGCCAUGACAGUGCUCUUGAACAAGAAGAAGCUUCUACUAGGCAGACUCCAUACGCUGAGGGUGAGGCGCGAGGAAGAACAGAAAGAACGAGACAAAGCAAAGGUAAAGACACCCAUCAGAGUGAUUAAAUCUCCAAGAGCAAGCCCUGGUCCAAAUCCCGAUUCAGACCCGGAACAAGAUAGUGUGUUUACCCGUAAGAUGGUUAUCAAGACUGACAAGAGAAAAAAUGAACUGAAGCUACUCGAUCAGAUUGAAGACAUUGUGACAAAAGCUGAAAUGAUAUCACAAGCUGCAAAAGGAGUCAACUACAUGGCGCCCUUCCUAGAGGCUACAGUCCUUGCUGAUGUUGACGGCGAUGAAGAAUCAUCGGAUCUGGUUGACGUGCAGGUCGUUCAUGACGGAGGAGACACGUUUAUUCUUGCCACUGACUUCAAGAAUUCAUGUCUUAAGUCAUUUUCAAUCUCAUUAGAAGCUGCUAGCCGAGGUGUACUCAAAUUUGAUAGCUCGCCAUGGGGCAUCUCUCAAGUAAAGUCCAAUAUGGCUGCUGUAAGUGUUCCAUUGUCAAAUAAGGUGUGUUUCGUGGAGCUGAUACCUCAUUUGAAACUGAAGGAGACUGUAAGGACGAAGAAACAAUAUUAUGGACUUGUAUCUGUAGGAUCUCGUUUCCUUGUGGCUACUUCUCCAUACAGCAACCCUCGCUCCGUCGACAUCAUUGCAAAUACAGGGCACAUUCUUCACACCCUCACUGUUGAUACGCUGAUGCAGCAGCCUUCUUUCAUCUGCCUCACUCCAAAGGGUUCGUUUAUUGUCAGUGACCUUUCCAAAGGAGCAGUUCUGAUUUUAUCCCAUAAACUGGAAUUUCAGUCAGGGCUUGAACUUGGAAAUAAAGCUCACAUGCAGUCGUCACGUGGAGUGACAACAAACAAAGAGGGUGAUGUGUUUGUGGUUGACUACAAUCAGAAAAAGGUCAAGGUGUUUUCGAGUGAAGGACACUUCCUGAAAGAUCUCUUGACUUCCGAGGAUGGACUAAAGUACCCGUACGGUGUUUGUUUUGAUGAUCAUGGUCGAAUAUGUGUCACGGAUGGAGGCAAGAUAAAGAUCUUUAGCUACUGAUAUGUACGUUUUACUUCUGCUGAAGGGUCCAAAUACAAGUAUUUCCAGGUCCCAGUCUGAGCAACAAUAACGACACUGUGACCUGGUUUUAAGUCCAAAUUCAAAUAUUGUUCAUCUUUAUAGAAAUACAUGUUCAUAUGACCCAACCAUGCUUACUUCCAAAUUCGUAAACGACGAGUUUUCUCUGCAUGUAAUGCCGAAUCUUCAGACACCCGUGACGAUCCGGGUUGGAAUAGGUCUUCAGGUCUUUGUCGUAAGAAGGGUCUAACAGGAUCGGGUGGUCAGGCUCGGUGAUUUGGUUGAUGCAUGGCAUCGUAUCCUAAUUUCGUAGAUCUAUGCUCAUGAUAUCAAUCGACCCGUGAGAUUCCGGGGUAGAAUAGGUCUUCA